AUGGCCAUGCCGCCGCCCGUAUCGCUGCAUCUAGGCCAACGCGUCCAAGCAGCCGAUUACCCAGGCACCAUCUGUUUCAUUGGCAACACAGACUUCUCACCCGGCAAAUGGGUUGGUGUUGCGCUCGAUGUGCCACAGGGUAAGAAUGAUGGGAGUGUACAAGGGAGACGGUAUUUUGAGUGUCGUCCUGAUCAUGGCGUCUUUGUACGGCCCAUUAAGGUCAUUGUGCUACAAGAUGAAGAGGAUGCACCAUCAGCACACAGACCUAGCGCUACAACACCGUCCCGGCUUCAACGUUCAUCUUCUCGUCAAUCAUCAGUGAGUACUAGUGCUGACAAUGCGGCGCGAAUACAGGCAAGUCCUGUACCAUUGCAACGACGUGACUCUCUCAAACAAGUCGUCGCAGCAGCGGCAUUCAAUGCGCCGUCCCCUACGAAACGUACCUCAGUCGAUGCAUCCCCGGCUCUACGCCCCUUACUCGCCAAUCGUCUUUCUUCACGGACAGUGUCAACAACAAGUACAGCGAAGUCUGGUCUGAACAAAUCUCGGCACGUCUCAGCAGCGACGUCAGGGACUGCUUCGCCGUCGCCUACAUCAACGCGCACAGGCACACAGCGCAGGACAAUCUCUGGGUCUGCAUCGCCCUCACCCAACGUCCAGGGCUCUACCACCCCUACAAGCCACGCAGCAGCAGUCCAAGCACUCCAAGCAGAACUCCAAAAACAGGCAGACGAUGCACGACGCCGCGCAGAGGUGCAUAGUCAACAAGUGAGUCAACUUCGACAACAACUAGCGGAGCUGGAGCACGUCAAGGCUGAGUUACACUCACAAACUGCCGUGAAGGAGUCAUUGACGCAUGAGCGUGAAGUCUGGCAUUCCAUUCGAGGCAAGUUGCAAGUGAAACUGCAGGAACAGCAACGUGAUUUGUCUACGUUACGUGCAUCUGUCAAGGAUUUACAGAGUAAGCUGGAGAUUGCUGUUGAGCAACGACGGGUGGCUGAAGCGAAAGCAGAUGCAUUACUCAAGGAAAGCGAAGUUCGCGAGGGCGCACUGGAUCAAGAUGUCCUUGAGAUGGCUAUGCUUGAUCGUGAAAUGGCAGAGGAAGAACGAGAUCAACUCAGAAAUCAAGUGGCUUCCCUCAAGGACAAGAUUGAAGAGCUCGAAGUGGAGCUUGCUCUUGCAAAGGAGGAAGGAGCAGGGGAAGCCAAGGAUUCUGCGGGAAGAAGUGUCGAAGCACUCGAGAUGCAGAAUGGUCGUCUACGCGAAGCGUUGAUUCGGCUCAAGGAAAUCACCACCGAUCAAGAUAAGCUCAUUGCAAACCUCAACCAAGACAACGAAUCACUGACUGAUAAUGCUGCAGCGACGGCAACCAAGGUGCAGCAACUUAUGGCACUCAAUGCCACACUUGAGAACCAAGUCGAGGAGCUCAAGGUGCAAGUCGAUAUUGCUGCAGGCUCCGAGGAGAUGCUCGAGAACCUGACUGAGCGCAAUUUGACGCUGUCUGAAGAGAUUGCCAAGUUGCGAGAUGAGCUUGCUAGUCUGGAGGCCUUACGCGAACUGAAUGAUGAGCUCGAAGAGACACACCAGAUCACUGAGCGUGAGCUGGAGCAGGAGAUUGCAUUGAGAGACUUGCUGGUUUCUGAACAAACGACACGUCUUCUCCAGGCUGAUGAUCUUGCCUCUGAUCAAGCACAGACGAUUAGCAAGUUUCGCGAACUCGUACAAGCACUACAGGCAGAACUGACGGCCUUGAAGCUGCAAGACCAGCGUGCAACGCAAGAACAACAAGAAAGGUCAGCCAAGCACCAAGCAGUCAUCUCGCAAAACCUGCAGUUACAGGCGACCAAGCUCAAAGCUGGACUUGGGUCAUUGGCACUGCGCAUGGCUGAAGCAAGAGCAGAGGCAGCUGCUGAACAUCUACGCAUUCUCGAGCAAUAUCUUCCGACAACGUACCAUACCGCAGAUGCGUCUGUGGUGCAGGGAUACGUUUCGUCGCGUGUCUUGUCGCAGCGCUGUGGUGCACUGCAAGUUUACUUCUUGGAGCGCCUUGAAGACGUCGGCCUGUCGACUGAGACCCUUCUUCAACAUUUUCAGAUUUUGUUGGUUCUUGCAGAUGUGCUUGACAUUGCGCAACGAUUAAUGAUUGCUGUGCAGCGAGCACCUGAUGAAAAGGCCUUCUUGAAGUUUGCUUCACUUGAUGCAGAAGUACAGCCUGCUCUUAAGAGCUUGGACUUGCUCAUUGUGCAAAUUCAAAAAGACACUUUCCGGCUUGGAGAGGCCUUGCAGACGAUGACUCAAGUCGAAACUCUGCUUGGCCAUGUUGCCGACAAGUUUGUUGUGGAACCUGUUGAAAUGACUGCAGGCGCCACAAUUGAGCAGGUCUCGCUGUAUAUCAAACAAUGGUCUAUUCUCGUCAAUGCACUUACGCGGAAACCAAAUUCAGGAGACACCCUCAUGGACGCCUUUCGGGAAAUUCAGACUAUCCAUAAGACUGCAGAUGCAGCUUUGCCAAAGUUGGAUGCGCUCUUACCUGAGCCGGAUGCGGACAUCACCAGCGCUCUUACCGUUUCACGACAAGACGCUAGACAUAUCUGCAUUGCGUUCUCUGAGCUACUACAAACGUCAUCCGCUUUGGACAGCCCGCCUGAGGUGUCUACCGAUUUACUCAAUCGACUCAAAGCGUUCACAGCCAGCCUAGCCUCUUGUGAGCGUCUGGCCUCCGACACUUCGCAGUCAAAGCAAUUAUCAACGCCCAGCAAUACUGCAUGGCUCGUUCGUGCCAAGCUUCUUCGCAGCUUAUCGGCCACAGACACCGAGACUGCCAGCAUGAUUGCAAAGUUGCAACAGGAAUCUCGAGAACUUAUUGCUCAAUCGCAUCUUCAACAACGAGCGCUGGCAGAAGAGCAAGUCAAAGUUGUGGCACUCGAGCGCAUCCAAGCCGAGCAAAGAGGCCGUCUUGGCAAGCUCAAGGAUUUGGAAGUGGCCGAAGAGCAAUAUCUCGCUGAUCGCAAAGCAUACGAGGAAGCAAUUGAAGAGUUGUCGAAUGACUUGGCAAGCAUUCAAGCAAAACUCGCAGAAGUCGAAGCCGCUCAAGAGCAAACCAAGAAUGCCGGCACAGCAUCACUCUUGUUUGGAACAAAUGGAGCAGGCGGAUGCAGUACAGGCAUUGCAACGUCAAAAUGGAGAGCUCAAGCUACAGCAGCAAGCACACAAAAUUGCAUUCUUGCAAAACCCUUUGCGUCCAAAGCAUGCUCAGAGCAAAGCAGAGACCAUCGACAAGCUCAAGCUGGACAGAUCAGAGCACAGGAUGCGCCAAGCACAUGCAAAUGCGGUACGGAGCGCUAUGCACGAGGUCAAGCUCAUUGA